AUGGCCCCGCCGCCGCCCUUCGCGGCCCCUCACGGCCCCGUCGCCGCCCUUCACAGCCCCUCACGGCCCCGUCGCCGCCCUUCGCGGCCCCUUCUCGGCCCCGUCGCCGCCCUUCGCGGCCCCCUCACGGUCCCCGGCCCCUUCUCGGCUCCUCCGCGAACAGCAGCAGCCGCCGCCUACAGCAGCCGUCACCGCCGCCGACAGCAGGAGCCGCUGCCGCCGGUGCAGUGCCAGCAGCAGCCGCCGCCGCCGCUGACAGCAGCAGCCGCCGCCGCAGCUGCCGGAGUCGCGGCCGCCGCCAUCACCGCCUGGAGCAACCGCCGUCGCUGCAGUGACAGCUGCCCCCCCCCCGUUGCUACCGAGGCCGCCGCAGCCGCCGCAGCCUGCAGCAGGAGCAGCUGCAGCUGUCGCGGCCCUGUCCCUGCCGGCGCGCCUCGGCCCUGCCCCGCUACUUACGGCACUCUACCCACCCGUCCUGUCACCCGGCUCCCUGACUCCCUUCGCUCGGUCAGGGACCACUUUCUCUCAGUUUGCCCCACCACACUCACCGUUGACCUCCUCGAGGAGCGCCUCCUGGCAGCUGAGAAGUGUAUAGUUGCUGUAGGAGCCUCUCGUGGUGACCCUCGUUCCCCCUUCUUUGAGGGGUGCUCCCCCUCCCCCCAUUCGCCCUCUGUUGCCUCUGCUGCUGCCGUCGACUUCGUUGGCACCGAGUCGGUCGGCGCUGCGUCUGCCCCUAGCGGGAGACGCCGCACCGGCAAGGGCAGGGGGGGCGAGGGCGCUGGAGGAGCUGGCGGGGGCGGUGGAGGUGGUGGUGGAGGCGGCGGAGGGGGUGGCGGUGGCGGUGGGAGUGGUGGCGGGGGUGGGGGCUUCGGUGGCGGCGGUGGAGGCGGAGGCGGCGGCGGCGGUGGCGGUGGGAGCGGGGGAGGAGGAGGUAGCGGCGGCGGUGGAGGUGGCGGCGGCAGCGGUGGAGCGGGUCGGGGUGGCUGUGCACAGCGGGGUGGCUUUGGUGGUGGUCAGCGCAAGCAGCAGCAGCGCACUCGCGAGACCCGCCCCCCUAGCAGCUUCGUGAGUGGUACGCUGCGCGUCAGCGGGGUGGGGGUGCUGGUCCUUGUGCCUACGUCGGGGGUUGCUAUCUUUGAUCUGGACUAUGAUGCUAUUCUUGCUGCCAUGUAUGUUGUGUCUACUAGUGAUGAGGGUGACUGUUACCUGUGUGUUCCGCCUGACCCGGGCAUUGAGGCUGCUGCUCUAGGUGCUGGUGAGGCUGCUGCUCUAGGUGCUGGUGAGGCUGCUGCUCUAGGUGCUAGUGAGUCUGCUGCCCCAGGUGCUGGUGAGUCUGCUCUCUCAGGUACCACGUCGACUCAGGCCUUGCACACUUUCACCCUCGACUCGGGUGCUUCCCGCUCCUUCUUUCGAGACCGCACCACACUCACGCCGCUUCGUCGGCCGGUUGCAGUCUCACUGGCAGACCCCUCUGGGGGCCCUGUCCUUGCCCACUUCUCCACUGUCUUACCGUGUCCGGCUGCCCCUUCUGGCACCCUGUCGGGUCUUUACCUCCCCUUGUUCUCUACGAACCUGGUGAGUGGUGCUGACCUACAGGAUGGAGGGGUUGACCAGUUCACUCCUGCGAGUCAGCGAGUGACCCACUGUACGUGUGCUCGGACGGGCCGACACUUGGCCACGUUUACCCGACAGCCGGGGUCGAGCCUGUACACACUGACUAGUGAGUCUCCUCCGGUUGCUACGUCUGGUCAGGUGGCUGCGUCGGGUCAGGUGUUUGCUGCAGCGUCCAGGUCUGGUCCUGAGUCUGCCCCCUGCUCGUGUCGUCUCCUGUCUCACCAGACUCUCCUCUGGCACCACCGCCUUGGUCACCCCUCCCUGCCUCGUCUCCGAGGCAUGGCCUCCCGUUACCUUGUCUCUGGUCUCCCCCGGUCCCUCCCUCCCCUUCCUCCGGGGCCUGCCCCCACCUGCGUUCCCUGCGUCGAGGGGCGGCAGCGCGCCGCUCCUCACUCCUCUGAGUUUCCGCCGACAGAGGCUCCGCUGCAGACUCUAUACAUGGACGUGUGGGGCCCAGCCCGCGUCCGUGGACAGGGUCACGAGUGUUACUUCCUCUUGGUGGUUGACGACUACUCUCGUUACACCGCAGUCUUCCCCUUGCGCACCAAGGGUGAGGUCACUGGGGUGUUGAUCGACUGGAUCCGCGCUGCUCGUCUCCAGCUCAGGAGGAGUUUUGGCUCGGACUUUCCUGUUCUGCGUCUGCACUCCGACAGAGGUGGAGAGUUUUCCUCCGACCUUCUACGAGCCUUCUGCCGUGCGAGGGGCAUCCGCCAGACGUUCACGCUUCCGGCCUCUCCACAGCAAAAUGGGAUUGCUGAGCGCCGCAUUGGCAUGGUCAUGGACGUCGCUCGUACGUCCAUGAUCCAUGCGGCUGCUCCCCAUUUUCUGUGGCCGUUCGCGGUUCAGUACGCGGCGCAGCAGAUCAACCUUCAGCCCCGGGUCUCCUUGCCGGAGACCUCCCCUACUUUGCGGUGGAUGGGGAAGGUUGGCGAUGCGUCUGCGUUCCGUGUCUGGGGAUCUCGGGCAUUUGUCCGCGACUUGUCUGCGGACAAGCUGUCCCCCCGCGCUGUCCCUUGCGUCUUCCUUGGCUUCCCCCCUGACACGCCUGGUUGGCAGUCCUCCCCCGUAGACCCCCUUCCCCCUCAGGGUCCUGCCCCCUCAGGUGUGUCCCAGGUAGACGCAGUCGAGCCUGUCGAGGUAGCUGUUGACUCUGGUGCUGCUGGGGGUGCUGAGCCUGCGGGUGCAGAGUCUGGGGGUGCUGAGCCUGGGGGUGCUGAGUCUGGGGGUGCUGAGCUUGGGGGUGAUGCGACUGGGGGUGCGGAGCCUGCGGGUGCUGGGCCUGCUUGUGUGGAGUGUGGCGGUACUGGGUCUGGAGUUCCUUCGGGUGGUUCGUUCCGGCGGGAGCUACCCUCUCCACAGGAGCUGCGCGAGUGGUUUGCUCGGCGCUGGAGUCGUGCUGCUGGAGCUGGAGGUGCCACUGGAGCUGGAGGUUCUACUGCUACUGAGGGUGCUGACGCCACGGGUCCCGGAGGUGCUCGUACUGGAGGUACUAGAGCUGCUGGGCCUGGGGGUGCUCCAGGUGCUGGAGCUGCUGGCGGUGCUGGAGCUGGCAGUGUUGCUGGAGUAGGUGCUACUGGAGGUGCUGGAGCUGGGGCUGUUGGGUCUUCCGGUGUUCCUACUGGAGCUGGAGCUGCUGGAGUUGCUGGAGCUGGAGGUGCUGCUGUUGCCGAUGCUCCUGUGGGUGCUGGAGUAGCUGCUCCUGGAGCUGGUGGAGCUGCUGGAGUCGUGUCCGGCCCUGGGGGUGCUGGUCCUGUCCCUGCUGGUUGUGGAGGUGCUGCGCGGCCACGGCCGUACUUCGUUCUGCUCCUUGAGCAGGUUCUUGGUCUUCCGCCCUCUACUGGUCCUGCUCCUUCCUUAGAGUGUCCACUGCCUGUCCAGUCCGAGUCACAGUUACAGCCCGCCUCCCCACUGCCUGCUCCUCCUCCCUACACUGGUCCUACUAGAGGUCUUGCUGAGCGUCGUGAGCCUGCGUCUCGUCCUGCGUCGCCUAUUCGUGCUGCUCGCACUAGUCGUCGUGUUCCACGCCAGUGUCCUCCUGCAGUCCCGGGCACACACCAGAUGGCUCUGCGUCCUUCCACUGCUCUACUGCGUGUCCCUUUGCCGUCUCCCCCAGAGUCCUCUCUUUCUGCUCUUGCUGACCCGGAGUCUGACUCUCUUCGUGCUGCCAGUCCUACUGUCACGCGUCUCUUGGCUACUGCUAACACUGACCCUUCCUUUGAGUCCACUGCUGCGUCUGCCUUAGUUGCUGAGCUUGUCGACUUCGCUGCUCACUGUCGUCUAGACUACGCCGCUAGUCUUAUUGCUGGGUCUGAGUCCGUCUGUCCUCCGUCCGUCGGGAGGUGA